ACGGGGCCUCCGAGACCCGCAGCCCAGGGGGAGGGGAAGCGAGGACCCUGACUCCGAGGGCAGGCAGGGCUCCUAAAUGCCUGGGUAUUCUUAUCUGUAGAACCUCCGGGGGAGCUCGGGACCACCACCCCCCUUUCUCUUCUUUCUCAAGCCCAGAACUCGCUUUGCUGAAGGGGAAGCCCCCGGGGGAGGGGAAGAGGGGAGCCCAGCCCCGCCUCCGCCGUAUCCCCCUACUCCCCCUCCCUUUCCAGCUUUAUAAGUGAGCGGCCGGGCCCCGGCCAGAGGCAGAGACCGAGGCAGAGGCAGACCGAGGCGAUCGCGGGCGGCGGGAGCUGUCCGAGCGCCGAGCCCCGCCCCCGCCCCUCAGCCCCCUCCCUCAGCCCCCCGCCCGCUCCGCCGGCAGAACAAUAAAGCCCAGGCUGCCCGCAGCCCCCGGGCCCAGCCCCAGCCUCAGCCCCAGCUAGAGACUCGGAGCCGGGUGCUGGCCGUGGUGCUGAAAGGCGCAGCGUGCGCCCGCCCGCCCCGGCCCCAACCCCGGCCCCGGCCGCGCGGAGCCCCACGGGGCUAUGGGGGGCCACUGAGGGACCGUCGCUCCGCCCGCCCGCCGCGGCGGCGGGGCCCCGGGGGGGCCGGGGCCGGGCCUGGGAGGAGACCUGGGGGCAAAGCCGACCCCCCCCAUACACAUACUCCUGUCCGAGGGCUGGGACGGAAGGAGAAAGGGGAGGAAGGAAGGAGGGGGAAAGAAGGAGAGAAGGAGGAGGAGAGAAGGAGAGGAGAGAAGUAGUAGGAGGAGGAGAGAAAGAGGAGGAGGAGGAGAGGAGGAGGCGGCGGCGCGCGCCACGGCGGCCUGGCGAGGAGCUGAGGCCGAAGAGAGCCACUGGACGCUGUGUAAGAAGACGAGCCCCCCAGCUCUGCCUGGCCCUCGGCCACCGCCCCGCGGAUGGUGAGGGGGAUCCGCGGCGGCCGCAGCCCCCUCGCGCCCGGCCCAGGCCCUAGCCCGGGCCGCCCUCCUUCCUCUGGCCCCGCAGAGGCCCCACAGCCCCGCAGGAACCAUGCCCAGAUCUUUCCUGGUCAAAAAGGUCAAACUUGAUGCGUUCUCCUCUUCUGACUUGGAGGGCCCUUAUGGCCGGGCACGGAGCGACCUCGGAACCCGGCUGCCAGAGAAAGCAGGAUACCUCAGUGACUACAUCGCCCCAACCGUGUACGAUGCCGCAGACUCAGAUGCAUCCCUGCUCAAGGGCCCGUCCCAGGAGCCUAUGUACGCAGCGGCCGUACGCGGAGAGCUGGGCCCGCCCGCUGCUUCGGCCCCACCGCCCACCCCGCGACCAGAGCUGGCUACGGCUGCAGGAGGCUACAUCAAUGGUGAUGCGGCUGUCAGCGAGGGGUACGCUGCAGACUCCUUUUUCAUUACCGACGGGCGAUCUCGCCGUAAGGGCGCCAGCGCAGCCUCGGCCCAAGGCGGAUCCGACGGCAGUAGCGGUGCAGGAGCAGGAGGAGGAGCCGGGAGUGGGGCGGGGUCUGGAGGGCGGGGUCAACAGGCAGGCGGGGCGGGGCCGGGGUCCGAGGCGCGCUCUGGCCGGCACGCGUGCAGCGACUGCGGCAAGACGUACGCCACGUCGUCUAAUCUGAGCCGGCACAAGCAGACGCACCGCAGCCUGGACAGCAAGUUGGCGCGCCGCUGUCCCACGUGCGGCAAGGUGUACGUGUCCAUGCCAGCCAUGGCUAUGCACCUGCUCACGCACGAUCUGCGCCACAAGUGCGGUGUGUGCGGCAAGGCCUUCUCCCGGCCCUGGCUGUUGCAGGGCCACAUGCGCUCGCACACUGGUGAGAAGCCCUUCGGCUGCGCGCACUGCGGUAAAGCGUUCGCUGACCGCUCUAACUUGCGCGCGCACAUGCAAACGCACUCGGCCUUUAAGCACUUCCAGUGCAAGCGCUGCCACAAGGCCUUCGCCCUCAAGUCCUAUCUCAACAAACACUACGAGUCCGCCUGCUUUAAGGGCGGCAGCACCGGAGGGGGAGCUGCGGAGGGAAGUGGGGGAGGGACCAUCAGCCCCCCGACUACGCCCGGCCCCGCCCCCCCCUCGGCGUCCUCCUCAGUGCACGGCCCGCCUCCUCUCAGCCCGCUUAGGGCUUGAGGAGGGCGUUCCCGGAGCUUCAUCCUCCCUUCAUCCCUCCGGCAGCAAUAGGGUCCUGGGAGGGGAGAGCCGGGGUCCUCACCCGUCCUCUCAGCAAUAGGGCUCCCUCCCUUGGGAAGAGGAAGGCGGUUUAUCCUCUGAUCCUUUCCAGACAUCUGGCUGGAAGGCAUUGGGAGGAGAGAGGUGUUCCCAACUGAUCAGCAAUAGGGUCCCCGGAAAAGAUGGCCUCUGUUCUGGCCCCCUUUUCUGGGCCCAAGGCUAGGGAGGGAGCACUCUCCACUAUUCAGCAAUAGGGUCCCUGAGGAAGGGAAAGGUGGCCUUGCCCCUAUCCCAGCUUCUGGACCCCAGGCUGGGGAGGGCGCACUUCCCCCUCAAGGCAACCUCUUCUCUGUCUUCAUGUCUGUCUCCCCUCUUUGGGGCCCUUGACUGGGGAAGGGGGACCCCCCCCCCAAGGCGACCUCUCUCCUCUUCCCCCCCCACUUUGGGGAAAAUGGGUGAGGAGGAUUUUGUCCCUACUACUCAGCAAUAGGGUCCCCUGGGAAGGUGAAGGCAAAGUCUCUGUUCCCCCCACCUUUAGGACCCCGGUUAGGAAAAGGGUCCCCCCCUCCCUGUAUCUUCUCAAUGAUAGGGCCAUAGGGAAGGCGGCUUGCCUUGAUCUCAACUAGCUUCCCCUUUUGAGACCUGGGCUGGAGAAGGGGAGCCCCUCAUUACUCAGCAACAGGGUCCCGAUAGGUGACCUCCCCUCCCUUCUGUCCUCAUUGUAGGGCAGACUAGGGAUGGGACCUGGGUAAGAGGCGUACCCAUCAUUCAGCAACAGGGUUUCCCUGGAAAGGUCCUGGUCUGUCUCCUAAAAGAAGCCCCAAGCUGGGUAAUGGAUGCGGGUGUCCCUCACUUCUUUCGGCAAUAGGGUCGUCCAGGGAAGCCUCUCCUGUCUGAAGACCCCUAGGCUGGUGAAGUGUCACCCCCACCUCAGUGAUAGGGUCUUGGAGACAGUCCUUCCCCCAGCCACCUUAGGCCUUUACUGGCUGACGGGGAUAAAGGGAUACUGGGUUUGGUGCCGCCGUCCACCUCUUUUAAGCAAUAGGCUACCGAGGCGGCGGCGCCCUGCCUCUUGCCCUCUCCAAUAAGGACCCCUCACAGGCUGGGGGCUAGGGACAUCCCAUCCCACCAUCUUAUUUCCCAGCAAUAGGGUCACAGGGCCCUAUCCUCUCUUGGGGCCUUGCAUAGCUGGAGGAGGGGAGUGGCGGCUCCUUCUAGGGCUCACAGGACCUUUGGGGUUUCGCAGUCCCUAGGUUCCUUAAGGCUGAAUACCAGGGACCUGCCCCUCUCUGCCUGCAGGCUCUGAGAGGAUUGCAGGACCCCGGGGAAAGCCUCCCCUUUGGUGGAGCCCCAGGAAGAGGGACAGGCAAGAGGGCAAUCUCCCCACAGUUCUCUAGGGAUUGAGGGAGGGGAGAUGAGGACCGGGAAGCCCCCCUCCCCUCAUCUCCCUAGCUCAGACCUGGAAGGGGUCAAUUCGGACCCCGUCCUCCCUUUCCUCCACCUCAGCCCUGCCUCCGCCCACCAAAUCCGAACUCUUCCGGCCCAGCUACCUGGGUCUCCCGUCCCUGUUCCCCAUAACGAAUAAUAAUGACGCAUAUCGGAUCGCAUGGACUUAUCCGACCUUCCCCAGCCCUAGGUUCCUCCCACCCCUUCCAGCCCCAACCCCCUAGGCAUUAAAUGUCCCGGGGGAGGCGGGGCAAAUUGUAAUAGUGACGCUCACCUCGCCCACACCCCCCUCCCCCAUCACCUCUCAGUAUUCGCCUUGCGGGUAAAGCCCUGGGGGUUCAGGGGGGCGUCUCUUGCGCGUCGGGUUAAUUUAUUUGUUAUUUAUGUUUGUUGAUGAAUGGAUUGCACUCGGGUCGGGCAGUCCCGGCCCACGCCCUGGGCUUUUCUAAGAGAAAGUUCCUGCAAGAACUUUCUCGCCCCCACCUCCUAAGAUAGACACCCCCUCCGUCCCGCCCCCCCCGCCUCCUCGGAGCUCCGCCCCUCUGGCAGCUCUUUUCCCCACAUGCACUCUCUCGUCAUCGGAGCUCCGCCCCUUUUAGAAGUCCUCCUCACACGCUCCACUCCUUCCCAGGUCUCUACUUUCAUCUCGGAGUUCCGUCCGUCAGCCCCGUCCCUCCUCGGAGCUCUACCUUCACCUCCUUACAUAGAUUUCUCCCACCCCACUCCACCCCACUCCACCCCCAGUAACUUCAUUCACGCCCCACCUUCCCCACCUCCCACUCAGUUGCCAAUUUUCGCCCGUCUAUGCCAAAGCCUCGGCGGCGACCCCGCCCCCCAGGGCCCCACCCCAUUGGCCGCCGCCGUUGUGACGUCACUGCAUGCAGCCCCGCCCUCCCUUCCUCGGGGCUGCCCCGCCCCUUGCUCCUCUCUCUCCCUUCCUUCUUCCUUCCCCUCCCCUUUUCCUCCCCUUAGAUAGUCCGAUACCGACUAUAGAGCAAUAAUGCGCACUGCAUGCGAAGCUGCCGCCGCCUCUAGUGUUACAGAGAAUCAGGUACCCCCCCACUUCCCUCUUCCCCAAGCCCCGCCCCAGGCCCCGCCCCGCGCCGAUAUCAGGGACACUGCGCGAGGUGGGCGGGGGCCAUACGCGCAGACUUUCUCUACCCAUCCCACCCUUCCAAUAAUCCCUUGCCCUGGCCCCAACCAAGGCCCCCUCGGCUGGCCCGGCGGCGGCGGAGGAGGCGACCACCAAGGGACAGACCCCAGAUUGGGGAGAGAGGCGGAGGAUACAUACACACACACACACACACACACACACAUACACACGAAGACGGAAACGGACAGGGUCUUAAGGAUAGAGAAACAAGGAUGCAGAGACGUAGAAAUAAGGGAACGUGAAAAAAUAUAGUAAGAGGCAUGGGGGAAGCACGAGACAAAAACAAACAAACAAACACCACUCAAUAAAGAGUUAAGCCCCUUGCUCUAUGCUGAGUGUUGGAAAAUGACCCCUCACAGUGCUUACAGUCGCCUGAGAGGAUGAUGCAUAUAUAUCUUCCUCUUUUCUCGUCAGAAUAUCGGGACACAAGCAGUAAUGGUCAGAAAGAGGUUUGAAAAAUUCAAGGGGCAGGGAGGAAUCCACUCCUUCCUGAAGUAAAGAGAAAGUGAGUCAGAAAGAUGGGAAAGAAUCCUGAAGAGAUGAAAGGAGGAGAUGACUUGGCAACAGCUUUCCUACUCUACGCAGAGCCACCCAAGGGGCACUGUAGUGUGUAAUAGAAUGAGUACAGCAAAUCAGGAGAAUGGGGCUGGCUGUACUCCUAUUCUUGUCAGUCCUGGGUAUGACCUUGAGCAACUGGGCUUCCAUUUUCUCCUUUAUAAAAGGAAGGGAUUGUACUAGAUGGUGUAAAAGGACCCUUCUAGCUCUGAUGUUCAGUGAUCCUUUGAUCCUAGAUCCAGAUAGAGGACAAGGAUUCUUUUUUCAGUAAUGGAUUGGACUAGAUGGUUAUUGAGGUCCCUUCCAGGCCUGAAAUUCUAUAAUGAUGCGACACUGAGCUAUAUGGAGACCCAGGGAAGACAGACAUAGAGGUAUGCAGAGACAUAGGAGAGAAAAACACAUAGAAAAAGAGAAAUGGAGAUUCAGAAACAGAAUUGAAUAUUAAUACAGACUUAAUCCCCUCACACACACACACCCCAUUACAUACAUAGCCAUCACCCCAACUUCUUUGAGAGAUGAGGUUUCCAACUCUAGGAACCCCAGAAGGAGGGUUUGGGGGAGUGCAGGGACCUCCGCUCCUCUGCCUUAGGUUCACCCAUCAUUCCAUGAUACACCCAGGGACACAAUUGUAUAGCAGAACACAAUCACAACAUUCUCUCCCCUCACACACACCCCAUCGUAACCCUCUCCACCAAUUACUACCAUAUACAUAGGCACAGAUAUAUGGUAGUGGAUAUACAUACACCUUCACUCAUUUACUCAACUGGUGCUUGGCUCCAGAGGGCAGAAUUAGGAGCAAAGGGGUUACAAUCAUAGAGUGGCAGAUUUCCCUUUGAUAGGAGGAAAAAGACAUUUCUAAAGAUUAGAACCAUCCUAAGGGGAGUGACUGCCUUGUGAAAACUGAAUUCCCUAUUACUGAAGGUCUUCAAAUAGAGUCUGCCCAGAGAUAAUGUAGAGGGGAUUUCAGCUCAAGUUCAGGCUGGGCUAAUCUGAGCUGCUGUUUCUAGAACUUUUUGUGGUUUACAAAGUACUUGACAUACAUACAUUGUCUUACUUGUUUCUCCACAAUAACCUUGUGGAGUGGGUACUGCAAGUAUUGUACUAGUUCUACAGGUAAAGAAACUCACAGCUAGUAAGUGCUGGAGGUGGGAUUCACUAGAUCACCUCCUUCAAGGUCCACUGUUCACUUCACUCCAUUCACUGCUCACUCAGCUCCAAGAGUUUAUUAUUUUCAUAAAACCCCCACAGAGCCUAAGCCUGCAUUAGCUGCUAAGGGAGACAUAAAAAGAAGCUAAGAUAUGGUCCUUGCCCUCGGGGAGCUUCCAAUCCCAUUCCAUCACAGUGACAGAGCAAGGGGGCUACACACCCACUUUCCAUACCCAAGCACAGCCAGACAGUCUUCCAGCCAGUAUGACAGCCAGAUAAGUGAUAAGUCUCACACAGGCACACCAAUGCAGUUGUACACAGAGGAACACACACACACACACACACACACACGCCCAGGAACACACUACCACAGUCCCACAAACAUGGUUGUACACCACACACACACACACACACACACACACACACACACACACACACACAUCAAACCUCCUUGGGCCCCUCCCUACCUCCCCUGUGUUCCUCCUCUGUGCUUGCACACACAUGGUCUACCUACUUACCUAAGCAGUGAGCAGGUCUCACAGCCGCUGGGCCAGGCCGGGGGCCCCCUUUCCCCAAUGCCUUGCCCCAUGUCCUACCGUGGAAAGCCAUGGGUCCCACCUUCUCUUCCCUUCCCAAGUCCCCAUCUCUGAAUCAGCACAAUAUCCCACCUUAGCAAAUUCAGGUAGAAGGAACGUGUAUAGGUAGCACCUCUGUUUUUGUACUGACUGCAACAGGCCCCGGGGCCACCCAGCGUGAAUGGGAGAGCUAGGCUGGGAGGGGACAGGGCAGCUGUGCCCUCCCCCUGUUCCCCUCUGCAGCACAUGACUCCCUUCCCUUCCCCUUUCCUUGUAUAUACUCCCCCUGCCCUGCCCCGACAGGCUGGGAUUUUUACGUGGGCCGUCCCCCUCUCCCCUCCGCCUGACUCCUCCUCAUGCCCCGCUUUUGGGGCUGCGGCCCGGGGGGCUUGGGGCCGGCCGGACAGACGGACGGACGGACAGACCUCCUUCCUAAGCACAAUAGCACCAGCUCCCCGGAGCACCGCACCUCCAAGAGGAGAAUAAACGCGACUCUUGAUAGAA